AUGUACUUUGAUACCGUGAAAAGAUCUUACGAAGACGUAUUCAUAGAUCCGGAAAAGGGUAUAUCAACUAUACAGUUCUCGGAAGCUACCGAAGGUCUUGUUCUUCUGUUUGAUCUCUUAGAGUCGAGCGCUUUCAGUAUAGUGCAAAAUGAUAUGAAUGGAAAUUUAAAGAAAAUUCAAACAAAGUAUCUGACUGACACAGAGGCAAACGAUACUCUUGAACAUUUGGUGAUCAAUGAACAAGGCCAAAAGAAACGUGAAGCUACUGAAGGAUUGUUAUGGCUAAAACGAGGAUUGGAAUUUACCGCUGUAGCUCUUCGUCGUUCCAUCGAAAAUCCCGAUGAAGAACUCUCAAUAUCGUUUACCGAAGCAUAUAAGAUAACAUUGAAAAAGUUUCAUGGCAUGCUAAUUAGGCCUGUCUUUAUCUUGGCUAUGAAAGCGUGUCCAUAUCGAGCUGAUUUCUACAAGAAAUUAGGCGAAGAUCAAGAAUUAGUUCAACAAAAACUAGCUGCUUGGUUAACGGCACUCGAAGCAGUCGUAGCAAGGUUGAAUUCAUUCUAUGAAGCCGGGGGGCAUGAUAAAGGGUUUUGA